AUCCCACUGAACAGUCUCGGUCUGAAGAAACUUCACAACGUUAAUAGCUUCCCUUCAAGCUUCAGCCCCUUGCUAUACUUGAUUUCUCAUAGUUCAUCCGUUUGGCAUUCUCCAAAGUAAAAGAAAUAAGCGUCACGAUCAGACUGGCCUUCUCGUAACCAUUUCUAAGCAACCCGACUCGGAGGCAUCGUCCAUCUACCUAUAAAUAUCCUCAACGCCUCGCGGUAAUGAAAAGUUCCAGCGUGUUGGUGCAAAGGAUACAUCUAACGGCCUUUGACUCAACUCGCUGUGCUUGAUCUAUCGUGGGUAUGUAAGUAUAAGCUUAAUAUUCUGGACUUCGAAGUACGUUUGCAAAGACACGGAUGCGCCUAUUCAAGCAUCACGCACAUGUGACCUUCACGUAAUUAAUUAUAUAGCCGCCUGACUCGACAGUCUUUGUCAAUUAACUUUCUGACCACCAUCUCAUACAACAGAGAUGAGCUCCCAGUUAUGCUCAUACUGCGUCAAACCUAGCAGAAAUCUGAAGAAAUGUGAUCAGUGCAAGAUGGUUCAGUAUUGCUCAAGGGACUGCAAGAAGAAAGCGUGGAAGACUCAUAAGAAAGUCUGCGCGUCAGGUGCACAAAAUUUGACGGGCUAUGGCUGAGAAUGAGGAUUAUGCCGAGCUCAACCAUGCUCUGAACGAGUGGCUCAACUUUUGGAGAAUGCUGAUCCACAAUAUCGGUGUUGUGGCCAUGGACCUUGGAAAUCAUCCAGAUGAUCGUCUGGCUACUCACGUCUGGGUUCUGGAGUUAGAACGGCGGCCCGAGGCUGCUACGCCUGUACAUCUAUUCAAACUGACAAAAGCCUCGAUUAUGAGUCGCGAAGAAGUGGCUCAACUCCUGCGCGAGAAGGAAACAUCCGAGGAGGACGUGCAGGAGUGGGUCAAUGACAACAGAGGAGAUCAUACACUUCACACUGCCGUGUUCGUCGAAGAUCAUGUGCGGUUCAUGUGGGUCUCCUUCCGUAGCUUGGUGGACUACAAGUCGAAUCCCGAAGAGUCUCGUCGAAAGGCUAUCGAAGGUGUGGAGUCACUCACAAGUGCUAUGAACGGAAUGCCUGGGUCUGAAGGGAACGUUGCGGGUGCUGGUCCUGCGCUACUCCAUUAACUCACACACUAUUCCCGCCUUCGAUCUAGCCUCUACUUUCUCUCGGAGAUUGAAUCUGUACGUGUUCUACAGGUACUGUACUCCUGUCUCACACGAACUCAGAAUAUGAUCUUAAACGAUUGCCGAAUGUGGCC